AUGAGGAGACCAACCCUUCAUGGUAACGAGUUUGUCUCAGCAGAGCGCAUACUACGAGCAGCUCUGGAAGAUGGACCCAUAGGGUUCAUGCUGUUGGAGGAGCCACCAUCAUCACUCCCAGCCUUUGGUUUUGUACCUACAGGCGCAGACAAAGGAGUCGAGAUGGAGGUGGAGGUGGAAGCAGACAAGCUGCCCCAUCAUACCGAGCAUGAUCUCCACCUCGAGUUGAUAGAAGGAGGGAAGCCACCUCAAGGGCCCCUAUACCUUAAGGGACCCAAGGAGAUGUCUGAGUUAAGGAGGUACUUGGAUGAGAACCUCGAGAAGGGAGGUCUCAACGAGAUCACUGUCAAGAACAGGGCACCAUUGCCCCUCAUCGAGGAGCAGCUGUUCUUACUCAGGAAGGCAAGGAUCUAUACCAAGCUAGACCUUAGAGCAGCAUACAACCUCAUCCGGAUUGCUAAAGGAGAUGAAUGGAAGACAGCUUUUGGCACUCAGUUGGGACUCUAUGAGUACCUAGUGAUGCCCUUUGGCCUAGCCAAUGCUCCGGCUCACUUCCAGUCAUUCAUCAAUGACAUCUUCCGAGACAUCAUUGGAGUAUAUGUAGUGGUAUACUUAGAUGACUUCCUGAUCUUCAGUGACACUGAGGAGGUACAUGUGAAGCAUGUCACUGAGGUCCUCACUCGCUUAAGGAGCAACAGGCUCUUUGCUAAGCUGUCGAAGUGUGAGUUCCACACCAAGACAGUCGAGUUCCUGGGGUACAUCAUCAAGCCAACGGGCAUAGAGAUGGACCCAGAAAAGGUGCGCACUGUCAAGGAGUGGCCAAUGCCGGAGUCAAUCCAUGACAUCCAGAGGUUCCUGGGUUUUGCCAACUUCUAUCGAAGGUUCAUAGCCCACUUUGCUCACAUAGCCAAGCCCUUGACAGCACUGGUAAAGCCUAUAGAACGGUUCAAGAAGUUCGAGCUACCAGAGGAGGCCCAACAGGCCUUCCACAAGCUCAUCCAGGCCUUCACAUCAGCAGGAGUGCUUCAGCACUUCGACUACCACCUUCCAACAAGGUUGGAGACUGAUGCAAGUGAUUUUGCUAUAGCAGGAGUACUCAAGCAGGAGCAUGAAGGACGAUGGCAUCCAGUGGCUUUCUACUCUAGGAAGAUGUCUUCUGCCGAGAAGAACUAUGAGAUCCAUGACAAGGAGCUCCUAGCUGUGGUCGCCUGCCUCACUCAGUGGCGACACAUGCUAGCUGGACUACCGAGCCAACUGGUCAUCCUCACUGACCAUGAAGCCCUCAAGUACUUCAAGUCACAGAGAUGCAUCACAGGUCGACAGGCUCGAUGGGCAAUACUACUAGCAGACUUCGACUUCAUAUUGCAGUAUCGACCAGGAGACAAAGGUGGUGAACCCGAUGCUCUCACCAGAAGGACAGACAUGCAACCAGCUGGUGAAGAGCAGGAUCACAAUGUGAGGCAACUACUGCCCCCUCGAGUGUUCAAGGAGACAGCAGACCAUGACUCGACCCUAGUGGCCCCUAUGCUCUCGAUGGAGUCCAUAGCAUCAAAAGGUCUCAGAGACCUGGUCAAGAUCUUCCAGCCCUUAGACCAAGAGCUACAGGAGAUACAUAGGAAGAAGCCCUUCGAACUCAAGGACGACCUAUGGUACAGUGGAGGAAGUGCCAAAGAGGUAGAUGGACAGUCUCUCUCUGUAGAGCAUCUGCGAUUCAUGGUGAUGACCCAAUGCCAUGAUGGUAUUACUGCUGGACACAUAGGAAGAGAUGCUACCAUCAAGGCAGCUCAACGACAUUACUGGUGGCCAAACAUGACAGCUUGGAUUGCAGACUAUGUAGCAAGUUGUCCUGUAUGUGCUAGGUACAAAGCUCCUCGUCACCGUCCAUAUGGUUUGCUACAGCCACUAGCAACACCAGACAGGCCCUGGGGCUCCAUAUCCCUCGACUUCAUUGAAGGACUACCACCAUCGAAGAAGUAUGACUCCAAGACCUAUGACUCUAUCCUAGUCAUCAUUGACAGGUUAACCAAGUUUGCCAUACUAGCUCCAACCCAUAAGACAGUCACGGCCAAACAGACUGCAGUAUUGCUAUAUGGACACAUGGUUAGACUCUUUGGAUAUCCAGAUCACAUGGUCUCGGACCGAGGCAGGCAGUUCAUAUCAGGAGCAUGGAAAGCAUUUGCAGAGCAAAUGGGUGUGAAGCACUCACUUAGUACAGCUUACCAUCCUCAAACUGAUGGUCAGACAGAGAGAGUCAAUCAGGUCAUAGAGCAAUACCUCAGGAUGUACUGCAACUAUGAACAGGAUGACUGGGCCAACCUGCUGGACACUGCAGCUUUUGUAUACAACAACACGGUCCACAACAGCAUUGGUGUCUCACCAUUCUUUGCAUGCUAUGGAUGGAACCCCAAAGCUCAUCCUGACAUCCCUCAACGACUAGGAGUCAAUGAUCCAGGUUGCUUCGAGUACCUCAUGGAUGGAAAGGAGCGUUGCAAGUACCUCCAGGAGCAGAUCAGAGAGGCACAACGGAGAUCAGUAGACCAGUAUAACAGGAAGCACAAGGACAUUGAGUUUAAGGUGGGUGAUAUGGUCUAUAUCAACCGUCGAAACUGGAAGACACGGAGACCCACACCCAAGUUAGAUACCCGGUUUGCAGGACCCUACCCAGUUCAGGAACAGGUAGGACGCCAAGCUUAUCGAAUCACAUUGCCAGCAAACCUUAGGGUGCAUGAUGUGUUCCAUGUCUCCAUGCUCGAGCCAGCAAGAACAAGUUCUCUUCCUCAACGUGCUGAACAGCCCACCAUACCAUCACUUCCAGAUGAGGACCUCGACUUUGAAGUCAAAGCACUCAUUGACAAGCAUUCACACAAUGGGACUACAGAGUACAAGGUGUUGUGGAGAGGGUACUCAGAAGAAGCUGCUUCAUGGGAACCAGUAGAGAACCUCAACUGUCCCGACCUCAUCCAGGAGUAUGAGGUGUCGGAGGGGGGACGAGUGAGUAGACAAAGUAGAGAAAGGAGGAGAGAACAGGAGGAGUAG